UGUCCACGGUCCGAGCCCAAAUCCUCCGUCGCCCACAACAAGUCCGCAAGUCAGCCGUAGUGUGUGUGUGUUUACUUGUGUUACCCACUCCCACUUUUGGGAUACAUAUAAAAGUGCCACCCCUGCCAUCACCCCACCCACAAAAAAAAAAAAAAAAAGUGAAGUGAAAAGUGGAGAAGUGGAGUGAAAUUUAAAACAAGUGUUACCUAAGUACAAGCCGCAAAAAAACCACAACAAAAAGGGAGCAGUAGUAGUUGAAGGUUGCGGCAAAAUGGCCCAGUUUGUGACCCACAUCCAGCCCACGCUGAUGGAGGCGUCCCAAGGUCAUGUGCCCCACCACCACGGACAUCAGGUGGGUGUGCAGCACUCGUCGCAUCUGCCCCACAGUGGCCACAACAUGCCCUCGCCGCCCACCCACAAUCACCACCAUGGCCACGGACAUGGCCAUCAUGCCACCAGCGGUGCUCAUCAUGGAGGAGCAGCUGGCCACUCGCAGAAGCAGUCAGCACAUCAUACCACCACCACCGGCCACGCCUCCAAGGGACAACACCACAGUCCGCCCUCGAGGAUACAUUCACCGCCGCCAGAGCACCAUGUGGAUCAUGUGGGACACUACGAGUACUUCCAGCAUCAGCACGAGCAGAUCUUCCACCAUGAAGGAGCGAAUGGUGGUGCCGGCCACAAGCAGCAGACCCACCACCAUCCCAACAAGCACGAGCACUGCCCCACAGGACACCAGAGUGCGGGCGAUGGAAACACUUCCUUUCUGCGCGCCGCUCGUGCCGGAAAUCUGGAGCGCGUGCUCGAGCAUUUGAAGAACAACAUUGACAUAAACACCAGCAAUGCGAAUGGCUUGAAUGCCCUGCACCUGGCCUCCAAGGAUGGCCACAUCCACGUCGUCUCGGAACUCCUUCGUCGGGGAGCGAUUGUGGACAGUGCCACCAAGAAGGGAAACACUGCCCUGCACAUCGCCUCAUUGGCUGGACAGGAGGAGGUGGUGAAGCUACUGCUGGAGCACAAUGCCUCCGUGAAUGUGCAAUCCCAGAAUGGUUUCACUCCACUCUACAUGGCCGCGCAGGAGAACCACGAUGCGGUGGUGCGUCUGCUUCUGUCCAACGGAGCCAACCAGAGUCUGGCCACCGAGGAUGGCUUCACCCCACUGGCGGUGGCCAUGCAGCAGGGCCAUGACAAAGUGGUAGCCGUCCUCCUCGAGAGUGAUACUCGUGGCAAGGUCAGGCUGCCAGCACUGCACAUUGCCGCCAAAAAGGACGACGUCAAGGCAGCGACUCUGCUUCUCGAUAAUGACCACAAUCCGGACGUGACUUCCAAGUCGGGCUUCACCCCGCUGCACAUUGCUUCCCACUAUGGUAACCAGAACAUCGCCAACCUGCUCAUCCAGAAGGGCGCCGAUGUCAACUACUCGGCCAAGCACAACAUCAGUCCGCUGCAUGUGGCCGCCAAGUGGGGCAAGACCAACAUGGUGUCCCUGCUCCUGGAGAAAGGUGGCAACAUCGAGGCCAAGACCCGUGACGGACUCACUCCGCUCCAUUGCGCCGCUCGCUCCGGUCACGAGCAAGUGGUGGACAUGCUACUCGAACGUGGAGCUCCCAUCUCGGCCAAGACCAAAAAUGGCUUGGCACCCCUCCAUAUGGCCGCCCAGGGUGAGCAUGUGGAUGCUGCCCGCAUCCUACUGUACCAUCGUGCACCCGUUGAUGAGGUGACAGUGGACUAUCUGACUGCCCUUCAUGUGGCCGCCCACUGUGGUCAUGUUAGGGUGGCCAAGUUGCUACUGGAUCGAAAUGCCGAUGCCAAUGCAAGGGCAUUGAAUGGAUUCACACCACUGCACAUUGCGUGCAAGAAGAACCGCUUGAAGGUGGUGGAGCUGCUGUUGCGACAUGGUGCCAGCAUUAGUGCCACCACAGAGAGUGGACUUACGCCGCUCCAUGUGGCCGCCUUCAUGGGCUGCAUGAACAUUGUCAUCUAUCUGCUGCAGCACGACGCCAGUCCCGAUGUGCCCACUGUGCGCGGCGAGACGCCACUCCAUCUGGCCGCCAGAGCCAACCAGACCGACAUCAUUCGCAUCCUGCUGCGCAAUGGCGCCCAGGUGGACGCACGUGCUCGGGAGCAACAGACGCCGCUGCACAUCGCCUCGCGUCUGGGAAAUGUGGACAUCGUGAUGCUUCUGCUGCAACAUGGCGCCCAGGUGGACGCCACCACCAAGGACAUGUACACGGCACUGCACAUCGCAGCCAAGGAGGGCCAGGAUGAGGUGGCCGCUGUGCUAAUUGAGAACGGCGCCGCCUUGGAUGCCGCCACCAAGAAGGGAUUCACGCCACUUCACUUGACGGCCAAGUAUGGACACAUUAAGGUGGCCCAGCUGCUGCUCCAAAAGGAAGCGGAUGUGGAUGCGCAGGGCAAGAACGGUGUCACUCCAUUGCAUGUGGCUUGCCACUACAACAACCAGCAGGUUGCCCUGUUGCUGCUGGAGAAGGGAGCCAGUCCACAUGCCACGGCCAAGAAUGGACAUACUCCGCUGCAUAUUGCCGCCAGAAAGAACCAGAUGGACAUAGCUACUACUCUAUUGGAAUAUGGCGCUUUGGCCAAUGCCGAGAGCAAGGCUGGAUUCACUCCACUGCAUUUGAGCAGCCAGGAGGGUCAUGCCGAGAUCUCCAAUCUGCUGAUCGAGCACAAGGCCGCCGUCAAUCAUCCGGCCAAGAAUGGUCUAACGCCCAUGCAUCUGUGCGCCCAGGAGGAUAAUGUGAAUGUGGCCGAGAUUCUGGAGAAGAACGGCGCCAACAUCGACAUGGCCACCAAGGCUGGCUAUACCCCAUUGCAUGUGGCCUCGCAUUUUGGCCAGGCCAACAUGGUGCGUUUCUUGCUGCAGAAUGGCGCAAACGUGGAUGCGGCCACCUCCAUUGGCUACACUCCGCUCCAUCAGACGGCCCAGCAGGGUCAUUGCCAUAUUGUGAAUCUCCUGCUGGAGCACAAGGCCAAUGCCAAUGCCCAAACGGUCAAUGGACAAACGCCAUUGCAUAUUGCCCGCAAACUGGGCUACAUAAGUGUCCUGGACUCGUUGAAAACCAUCACCAAGGAGGAUGAGGCAGCUGCUGCUCCGGCCCAAACCGAGGAGAAGUACCGCGUGGUGGCGCCCGAGGCCAUGCACGAGUCCUUCAUGUCCGACUCCGAGGAAGAGGGCGGUGACACUAACUGGCAACUGGACGCUGGCUACGAGUACGGCUUUGGCCCAAUCUAUCUGCCGUACUACCAGGGCGACAGGCACUAUGUCUCCAGCGAAGACAAUAUGCUAUCAGAUCAACCAUACCGCUAUUUGACCGUUGAUGAAAUGAAAUCCCUAGGCGACGACUCGCUGCCCAUCGAUGUAACCCGUGAUGAGCGCAUGGACUCCAACCGGAUGACCCAGAGCACCGAGUACGCCUCUGGAGUUCCGCCCACCAUUGGUGAGGAGGUGAUCAGUCCACACAAGAGCCAGGUGUACGGCAGUUCACCCAAGGCCACCGUCGAUGGAGUUUACAUUGCCAAUGGAUCUGGUCUUGAUGAGCCGCCGCAUGUGGGUCGCAAGCUAAGCUGGAAGAGCUUCUUGGUGUCCUUCCUGGUGGAUGCCCGUGGAGGAGCGAUGCGCGGCUGUCGGCACAGUGGCGUCCGCAUGAUCAUACCCUCGAGGUCCACUUGUCAGCCAACCAGGGUAACCUGUCGCUAUGUGAAGCCGCAGCGCACCAUGCAUCCGCCCCAGUUGAUGGAGGGCGAGGCCUUGGCCAGUCGUGUCCUGGAGCUGGGUCCUUGCUCCACCAAGUUCAUUGGGCCCGUGGUGAUGGAGGUGCCACACUUUGCCUCGCUGCGCGGCAAGGAGCGCGAGAUCAUCAUACUGCGUUCAGACAAUGGAGAAACAUGGCGGGAGCACACCAUCGAUAACUCCGAGGAGAUCAUACACGAUGUCCUGCAGCAGUGCUUUGAGCCAGAGGAGAUUGCCCAACUGGAGGAGCAGGCUGGCAACCAUGUGUGCCGAUUCGUCACCUAUGACUUCCCUCAGUAUUUCGCUGUUGUAUCACGCAUACGUCAGGAGGUCCAUGCCAUUGGACCGGAGGGCGGCAUGGUGUCCAGCACCGUGGUGCCACAGGUGCAGGCCGUCUUCCCACAGGGAGCCCUCACCAAGAAGAUCAAAGUUGGCUUACAGGCCCAACCGGUCGAUCCCGACCUCACGGCGAAGCUAUUGGGUCGCGGCGUGGCCGUAUCCCCAAUUGUUACGGUCGAGCCGCGUCGCCGUAAAUUCCACAAGGCCAUCACACUCAGCAUGCCCGCGCCCAAGGCUCACAGCCAGGGUAUGAUCAACCAGUACUCGGGCAAUACGCCCACCCUGCGUCUGCUAUGCUCCAUUACAGGUGUGUUUCGGAAAAGGUCUCUAAAAGGCGGACCAUCUCGUGCUCAAUGGGAGGAUGUCACCGGUUCCACGCCCCUGACAUUUGUCAACGACUGUGUCUCCUUUACCACCACAGUAUCAGCUCGUUUCUGGCUGAUGGAUUGCCGCAACAUCUCGGAUGCCACCAAAAUGGCCACUGAACUGUACAAGGAAGUCAUCCAUGUGCCGUUCAUUGCCAAGUUUGUGGUAUUUGCCAAGAAGAUAGAACCAUUCGAAGCGAGACUCCGGGUCUUCUGCAUGACCGAUGAUCGUGAGGACAAAACCCUGGAGAAGCAUGAGCUCUACACGGAAGUGGCCAAGAGCCGUGAUGUCGAGGUCCUCGAGGGCAAGCCGCAGUACAUCGAGAUGGCUGGCAAUCUAGUGCCUGUGACCAAAUCGGGCGACCAGCUCCAGGUGCAAUUCAAGGCCUUCCGAGAGAACCGUCUGCCGUUCACUGUACGUGUCAAGGAUCAACAUGCUGAUAUUGUUGGACGCACGUUGUUCAUGAAGGAACCCAAGGUGGCCAAGGGCGAGCCACCGCAACAGCCCAUCUGCAUUCUGAACAUCGUUCUCCCGGAGGCUGUGAUUCCCGAUUCCACAACCGCGUUUUCGGACCGCGUCACCUCCGCUUACAGGACCUCAAUGUUCAGCUUGAGCAAGCAUCAAAAUGACCAUUACAUUGGUGACAUCCGCAUCGUCGAUCUAUCCAACCUGCUGGGUAAGGACUGGAUUCAGCUGGCCCCGGAGAUCGGCAUCAAUGGGGAGGAGAUCGAUGAGAUCAUCAACCACAACACAGAUAGCAUUGCCAGGCAGGCACAGAGCAUGAUUCGCCUGUAUAAGGACAAACCAAACUACGAUAUUCUUUCGCUGGAAACGGCACUCAAAAACAUUGGACGAGACGACAUCAUGAAAAAGUGUAAGAGUGGACGACUGUCGCAUUCGCGUGAGUUCGAUGAGGCGGACCUAAUGAAGAACUCGGAGUCCGUGGAGGAAUUGGUUCGCAGAGAAAUUCUCUUCCCAGGCAAGCGAAUCCAGCAAAUUAACGAACGCGAAGAAGUCAAAUACUCUGCCGAGGAGAAGGAGGUCGAGGAAUCGGAGUCCGAUGAGGAAGCUGCCAAGCGAACAGUAGCGGAACGACGGGAAAAGAUUGUGAAGCGUCUGUCCAUGGAACGAUCCAUUCCUGCCUCAACCCAAAAGAAAGAGAUCACCCGCGAAAUAACCGAGAUCAAGCGAAAGAGUCUCAUCGAGGACAAGAAGGCUCACCAUGAGUCCGAAAUUCUAAUGCAACUGCCUGCCGAUAACGUGAUUAUCAAGACAACCACUGUACCCGACCAAGUCAUUAAGAUGAAGAUGGGCAAGAUGGACUCAACCGAGAUAAGCAAGAGCGAGUUCGACAAGGAACUCACGCACAAGUUCAGGACAUCCGGGCGUAGCUCAGAGGAGGAGGACCAGCCAUCGUCUCCAGAUCAGACUGACAAGAUUGUCCAGGACAUUAGUGCUGCCGAGAAGAAGGAAAAGGAUGGCGUUACCUUCAGCCGAGUGACGACAAUAACCCGCCAAGAGGCUCGCGACAUUACCGAAGACUUCCUAGAGAUUGAGAAGCGCAGCCAACUGCCGGCUACUUCCACAAACGCAACAGUUCAUGAGAAGUUCGAUGAGGAGAUCAAGGAGAAGACCAGCCCUCUGGCUUCAGUGCCGCAAGAAACCGUCAAGGAGGUGCAACAAGUUAUCAGCGAGGUCACCGAAAUAGCCAGCAAGAAGGUUGAAAACAUUAUUAGCUCCUUUGAGAGUAGCAAGUCUGUGGAAGCUACUCCAGUUCUGCCCACACAGUCGUCUGUCGAAUCAACGAAGGUUAGCGAGACCAUUAAGAACCUGGAGGAUGCCAAGACCGUGCCCACGGAGCAAACGAAGACUGUCCAUGUUAUCGAGAGCUCUAGUAUCGAGGAGACAAUUGCCGAAUUCGAAGCCAAGAAGGUCAAAUAUGACUUCCAUGGCGGUGAGCCUAAGACACAGAUCCCUAAGUUCACACGGAAACCUAGCGAUGAUUCAAUGAAGCCCACUGCAGCUCCACGUGCAACAGUUGAAUGCGAAACCGAAUCGGUCAUUGAGACAAAGGCCGAAAAACCGAUCUCAAAGAUUCCAGUCAAGACAAUACCAACCGAAGCUCAGAAGGUGGUCGAAGUAGAUGCACGUAAGAUCACUCAAGACUUCCUGCAGGGUGAGAAACUGGCAGCCGAGCCCAAGACAUCUCCGGCAGCAAGCAAGAUACCCAAGGUGGAGCCGAGAAAAUCUAUGGAUAAGCAGGUCGAACGGGAAUCAAAAAUCUUGGACGAUGUUGUGGCCUCUACAGCCACCAUUAUGACCGCUGGACUAGGGAGUGAGCAGUUCAAAGAACAAAUCGUUGAGCAGUCUGAAAUUGUCGCCAAAUCCGAGACAGUCGCGGAAAAGGUCAGCGAACUGCUAGAAACAUUCCACAAGAUCGAGGAGAAGGUCGCCAAAUCGGAGAAGACCUCGGAAAUAUCCAGCAAAGUGGAGGAGCUAGUUAAAAUCGAGGACAAACCUCUCUCACAAGUACAGCCCAAGGAGGAUAAGGUGGCUGAAAAGGUUGCUGAAGUUAUCGAAACAUUCCACAAAAUCGAGGAGCAGAUCACCACUGCCGAUGCCCACCAGCUCACUCGUGAUUUUCUGAGCAUGGAGCAACAAACCCAAUUGCCAAGCAUGCCACAAGCUGCUGAGAAGCCCCUCGAAUCCAGUUUGACAUCCACAAGUGCUUCGGAACCAGAAUCAAUUGUUACAGUGAAGUCCUCACCGCCUGCGAGUAAGAUACCUGUAGUGGAACCCAGGAAAAUCGUUUUCGAAGAAACCACAAAGCCUCUGGUCGAGCCUGAGCUAGUGAAGACCACUGAAAAGAAGCCUCUCAACGAGCGACAACUAACCGCUGAUUUCUUGAGCAUGGAGCAGCAAACACAGCUGGUCUCCGAGCCUGCCAAGUCGUUGGUAGAAGAGGUGGUGAAGUCAGCCGAGCAAAUGGUAGAACAACCGAAACAGCAAAAACCCCUGAGUGAACGUCAACUGACAGAGGACUUCCUGCUUAUGGAACAGCAGACACAGCUGCCUACAGACAUUUGCAAGCCGACGGAUAAGCUGAUCGAUGGUAUUGAGUCUGCAGCACCAGUUGGAGAUCAAGCUUCGCCGUUCCACACGCCCAAGCUGACCACCAGUGUGGUCACCCAGGAGCCACAGCCACUGGCGAGCGAAUAUGACAGUGACACUUUCGGCAAACAGGCCACCAUGCCGCUAGGAGAUUCAUUGUUGGAGCAGGGACUUAUUGCACCAGUCUCCAUGGAGCCACGAAAGUCACUGACCGAUGCCGAGUUCUGCAAAUCGGUGGGCGAAACAAUCACCAAGAAGAUGAGCGUGGGAGUGAUUGAAAUAAGUGAUGAGCUCAAGAAAAUAGAGAGCGAAAUCCCACACUCCCAGACUCCGCCACCAACUCCGAGUGACAACAAAACCGAAAAGCAGAACGAAGAGCCUGAACUGAUCAGCCUAGAACGUGAUUAUCUGGCCGACACUGUGACCACCCUGCAUACGACUACAGAGUCGACCCUCGAACGCGUUUCUGCCAUUACCAAAAUUGAAAUGAGUACAAGUAGUCAAACACCGAAGAUGACAACAACGACGACCAUGACAGCACAAAUAGAUCGCACCAAAGUAGAUUUGACUAUUCCUGGGCAAGAUCAGCAAAAACAUAAGGAUCUCAAGGAGCAGUCAGCCGUAGAUGUAGAUGCAAAAACAGAGGCAGAGAAGACUGCCAGUGAUAGGGAUUAUUUAGAACAAAUUAUGGGCUGUGGUGAUGUGAGACGCAAAAUCAUGCGUUUGGAGAGCAGUGGCAGCACCGAAUCAUUGGAGUCCAUGGGCAAGUCGUCCACUGUGACACCCAAAUAUAUAGGCGACAAUGUGCCAGUGGUGCGAGAGGUGGUGCAGAGUAUGGAGGAUAAGAUCUGCAGUACAGUGGUGUCGGCCAUUCCAUUUGCCGUACAAAAACGGAAGACCCAUGAAGAUGACAAGGAACCCAAUGUAGUAGAGCUAGAAAAGCAAAUACUUACGCCAGCAGAUUUGGCCCUGGAAAAGUUAAUCAAAUGUGAGCCGCCCUCUGAGGUGGUAAAAAUUUCACCCAUCGAGGCCAUGGCUGUUGGCCUUAAGGAGAUUGAAGAAGAGGUUUGUGAAAAGGUUUGCGAGAAGCGCAAGUCGUUUGUGGUAGCUGAAGACUUUUGUGAAACGGAUAAGACUUUAACAGAACAGGUAAUAGAUUUAAAUAGGCAAGUAGACCAGGUACCUGCAAGGAUUUUAACUGACACUAUUGAAAAGCAUUUAGACUUAGAAGAUAGGGACGUCCUUGAAGCUUCACCAACGGUUAGGGAAGUUGUGCAGGACAUAGAACGCAAAUAUCCCGCGGCCAGCUUAGAGGCCAAACCUUUUAGCCCACGCAAGCGGGUAACAACAGACCGUAAGGUUGAUGUUUCGUCCAUAGAGCAGCUGAUUUUAAGUGACGCCGAUCUGAUUUUAGAUGGUUUGGGCUCUAAGUGUAUACCAGAACAAAAGGUACAGUCGCCCAUUUCUUCCAUGAACAAGACGAGCAGCAGUACUGAAAACCUAGAAGACAUAUGCGAAAAAAUAUGCUCAAAGCGCACAAUCUCAGAUAUGGCAAAGGUCUUUGAAAGAAAAGAAGACCCAAUACCUUUACCAUCUAUUACAAAUGUAAAGUCGACAACUGCCAAGUUCCUAGAGUGCGAGUCAGGGAAGUUUGCUAUUACGGAGAGUAUUCAGGAUUUUAAUGCCAAGAGUAGUUUAAAUGAAGAAGUAGCAGGGAUUGAAAAAGUUCAACAUAGAUUUUUAGCAGAUUGUUAUACACAAGAAUUUCCAAUAGAAACGAUUAUGGAUACAAAAUUCGUAGAAUUCCCAAAAAUUUCACACACCCUCGAACGAUUACAUUCCAUUUCGAAAACUGACCUUGCGGAUACUAAGAAAAUCGUCCACGAAUCUAGUGAAUUUGAAUCAAAACUAGAUAAACUUGUGCACAAAAUAGAACAAAAAGAUAACCAAAACCCUGAUUUUGAACACAAUGUAAAGUUUCCCACUCAGGACAAUUUAGAUGAGUUUCAGACACAGAAAAACUUGACCUCUGAAUUUGUUACAGUGACGGAUAACUCGGAGUAUAAAUUUCCAACUGAAGGAAAAUCUUAUUUAGGUAAAGAACCAAUUGAAAGCGAUAGCGACGAGGAGUUGGACAAUUUGAAAAAGAAAAGCAAGAUUAACCUUUUAUUGAAAAUUGAGCACUCAUCCUAUUUUGAUACAACAAAGAUCGUCAAGAGCACAGAAAGUAGAGAAAUAACGAAAUUUCCAAUGGCGAACGAUAGCAAGUCAGGAGACACAUUUUACUCUGGGGAAAAAGCACAAUACAUUCAUUCCACUGAAACAAUGUCAGACAAACGUGACAAGUCAUUUAGCCACAAAACUUCGUUGGUAACUUUAGAUAAAAGUAGUGCAGAUACUUCUCACAUUAGUUUGGAACCGGAGUCCCCUGAGAAGAAGGACGAAAAGGUCCUAGCAAAAUCAGACGACAGUUCCCAGUCAGUCAUUGAGACUGUUAAGCCAAGUCCCAAAGCAUAUUCGCACGACGAAUCUGAUGACGAAAUAGAUAUACCCAAACUACAAGACAAACCUAUUGGCCACCCAAUUUCUUUGCUAACUUCUGUAGAAAUUAUUGGGGAAAAAUCUCCUCUUCAUUCUAAAGAAAUAACAAAGUCACCUCAGAAGAACGACGAAAAGGUCCUAGCUAAACCAGAAGACAGUUUCAAAUCAGUCAUUGAGUCUGAUAAGCCAAGUCUCAAAGAAUAUUCAGACGACGAAUCUGAUGACGAUAUAGAUAUUCCAAAACCACAAGACAAACCUAUUAGCCAGCCAACUUCUUUGGUAACUUCUGUAACAGGUAGUGAGGAUAAGUCUCCUCUUCAUACCGAAGAAAAAGCGAAAUCGCCUGAGAAGAAGGACGAAAAGGUCCUAGCGAAACCAGACGACAGUUCCAAGUCAGUCUUUGCGACUGUUAAGCCAAGUCCCAACGAAUAUUCGGACGACGAAUCUGAUGACGAAAUAGAUAUUCCCAAACCACAAGACAAACCUAUUAGCCAGCCAACUUCUUUGGUAACUUCUGUGACUGGUAGUGAGGAUAAGUCUCCUCUUCAUACUGAAGAAAAGGUCCCAGCGAAACCAGACGACAGUUUGAAGUCAGUCAUUGAGACUGUUAAGCCCAGUCUAGUGGAAUAUUCCGACAAUGAAGGCGAUGCCAAAAUUAAGUGUCCUAAACCCCAAGAGAAGCCUUUAAGUGAACCAAUUCCAGUAGAGACACCCUUCAGUAGUUUCCAUGACGUAAUGUCCAAAGAAGUUAUUUCCUUCAAGGCAGAAGAAAGUUCAAAAACAAUUCAAACAAAUAUUAAGUUUGCAAGCACUAGUAUUACAACAGAAGAUACGAAGAUAGUUAUGCCGGUUGAUUCGAUAUCUAACUUGAAAGACGGUAACAUCGCAACCUCAGUAGAUGUCAAAUCAAUGUCAGUAAAGCCUAUUGUGAACGAGUAUUCGGACGAUGAAAGUGACGAAGAGUGUGGAAUUACUAAACCUAUUUCUGGCGUAUGUCCUAAAAUAAAUACACCCAUUAUGUCAGAGGGAAAUUCAACCCCAGUUCAAAUCGAUUCAAAAUCAGCAAACACUAGUGGAACAACUGUAUAUAUUCAGACAUUUAAGCCAAUAGCCGAGUCUGAUGGUCAGAUGACAUUGGGAACUCCUUGUGGGGUAAAGUCAAAUGCAACUAGUCUCAUUGCACAGAAAUGUCAGGAAUCCUAUUUAGAUCAUCAUGCGGGCGUUGAUUUGGUUUCUGAUUCUGAAGAAAAUAGGUCUGUGCAACAGAUUGUGGAGGAUACCAUCAGGGCUGGUAAUGCUGAGGUACAAAAAAUUGUAGACGAAACACUCAAAAGUGUUCAGAAAACCAGAAAUAUUAAAGAUCAGGUAGUAGACGAAGGUCGUUCAGUUGAACAAAUAGUUGAAGACACUCUUAAGAAUGCAAAGUUUAUUCCUGAUAUUCCUAAAGAAGAUAAACCGUGUAGCCCACAGCUAAAAGAAACUAAUGCCCAAGAAGUUCGUCCAGUUGCUUACUUUGUAAAUUUAGACGAUGAACAGAAAUUAAUAGCUCCAGUUAAAAAGGCACCAGUUAGAGCACAAUCGAAACAAAUAAUUAAGUCAAAAACGGGGAAAAUAUUAGAAGAGACUUCUGCAAAAUCGACGAAUAAGUCUACGAUUAGCAAAAGAACACUCGCGGUUAGGGAAAAGCCUAGUCCCAAACCAGUUUCUUCAGCAAAGACCACUACUACUGUCAAACAAACUCCGACUAAAAAAACAGUAACAAUGGACAAAACAAAACUAUCGAAUAAGACCGAGUCACGACGUUCAGUUACAAGCUCUACUUCAACAACCACCAGUUCCGCUUCCGCUACUAGUCGCGUGAUAAGUGAAAUACACUUCGAGAGAUCAUCUAGUCCUGCUUCAAGUUCCAUUUUCUACGAAAGCAAGCCGCAAGGUGAAGGCAGUCGUUCAACCACGCCAAGACCCAGGGUUAAGACAGAUGUCACACGAAUUCCCUACAAUACCUCACCUCGAUCGUUUAGUCCACAGCUGAAGACCACAAGGGCAGGCAAGAAAGUCGUUAACCAAACUAAAACCACUGUCACUCGAUCUACCAAAGAGCUUACAGAAAAAAGUUCCAAAAAGACUGAGCGAACCGUCAGCCAAGAGCAUGUUGAGAAGCGGAAAACUCCGACACCGUCUGCCACCCACAGAUACAUGCAGCCCACCCUGGCCCACAGCAUGAGGUACGGUUUGAGUGGCGAUGGCGAAAUUGGCCAGAGUGUCUCCACGGCACCCCCAAAGUCGCCAGCACCACCCAAAUCGCCAGCUCCGGCCCAAACUAAAAGUACCCGAAGAACACAAACUGUUACAAGUGCCUUGACAAAGUCCACAACCCAAAUAACGAAACCAAAAAACUCGAUUGCUGAGAAGAAACCAGCGCAGCCCCGUUCCCAGAUUAAAAGAGGCUCACAGAGCGAUAGCAAGGAAUCCCUAAUAAAAAGCACCGACCGCCUAUACAAACGACAGACAUCCAAGGAAAAUAAACUAGCAAACGUGAUAGGCUCAAAGAGCCAAGCAACCAAAAGCAUGAAGACACAAUCAGCUAAUUCAGCCAUGAAACUUGUCUACAAAACUUCCAUAGAAACCGACAACAGGCUUCUGACGAAGACCACAGCCACUAUACAGCGCACCAAAGUUCCGAUUAGCGUGUCUUCCAGUGCAAGGACUGCAGCAAAGCUAAGCAAGAGUGAUGACACCGUCAAGAGACCUCAGGUAGACAAUAAGAAACCAAUAAAGCGAACGGUAAGCAAAGUAAGUGAAUCCAGUGGCACCAUGUCCACCACAGCUUCGACAGCUACGACCAGAACCGCGCAGAGCUCCAUGGAGCCAAAGCUCCAAAAGAAGAUGAAGGACACGAUGAACGAGUCGAGUUCGAACUCGGGUAGCGGCACCACCAGUGCCAGCGGCUCUUCAAAUAGCACGCGACGAAGUGUGCGUUCCGUUAGCACGGCUAGCCGCAAAACGGACAAGGACUUGACCAACAUCCGGCGAGCAAGUGGAGCGGUUGUUUCGACAUCGACCGUACGGGUGCAUCGGGAACCAACAGCAACCACCAGCGCUGUUAGCACCGUGCUCGUUGAUGACGACUGUGAGGUGAUAACCAUACGUUCCAUUAAAUCAAGCGAUAGUACAAAAAGUUCUACCUCAUCAUCCUCCGGUAGCGGCAGCAACAGUCGCAAGGUGCUAACCAGCGAGGUGUUCACUAAAACCUUCGGCCCCGACAAGCCGCUGGAGGUGGUCUAUCGACAGCCAGAGUUUGAUGUAGAACACCACACGAUCAUGUCUGUGCGCCCGCCCUCCACGACAAGCAGCGAUCAGAGAUGCAUUAACGAGUUCGAUGUCAGUUUCAUCGACACCACCGACUCCAGUCUCUCGGACUCUGUUGCCUUACCCAUGUUAGGCUCCGGUGAUCCUGAUCGUCUGCUGGCCGCCAGUCCCGGUUCGCCCAAGCCCACUCGCAGCCCCCUGGCCCUUAUUGAGGAGACCCUGCGCCGCCAGCAACAGCACCACCAUCACCAUCAGCAACACUACCACCACAGUAGCGGUGCUAUUGCUGCUGCCCUUGAUCCUUCUCUGUCGAUGCCAGUGGCUUUUGGAGAGAGUCAACUGGAGGCGGAGGCAGGGGUGGAGAAGGGCAACACUUUCAAAGAAACCCUUCAGGAAAAAAAAGUAGACCUAUCCAGUCUGGAUACCGCAAAGAUCUCACAUGAAAUUGGUGAUGUUAAAGUUGGUGGUGGUGAUGAUGAUAGUGAUGGCGAUGGCGAUGGCGUUAGCGGAGAUCUUGUUGCACGCAUUCGCGAGGAAGCCAAUAUUCUGGUGGAUCGCGUGCUCGAAGAAAGUGUCGAGAUCAUUGAGAGUCACGGCCAUCAGGCCAAUGGCCAUGAGAUCGCUAAGCUGGACUACAACUCAGAAAGUGAGAAUUAUGCCAUCACAUGCGACGAUAUCAGCGGCGUCGAUGUUAUCAAAUCGCCCACCAUUGAGUCCAUGUCGGGCAAGUCGUUUGACGACAACAUGAGCUUCACCGACGAGCACAUACAUUUACCCUUGCAUGCCCAGAACACGACCACCACCAUGACAACGACAAUUACCACUCAGUUCCAACAGCAGCAGUCCCAGUCUGCUGUCCCAAGUACAUCGGCGGCAAAAGAUCCGGUUCCAGUUCUCGAAUCCGUACCCGUAUCAUUUCCCAUAGAGAGUAGUCGAAGUCAGGCGGAAGACGAGAGUGCAACGAGAGCCAGGCGCAUUGAUCGAAAGAUCGAGAAACUAUCCACGGACAUGGACGAUGUCAGCGCCAGGUUCGAUGAGGCGUUUGAGAUGUCGGUGCCCGAGGACGAGAUCAGCGCCCUGCAGGGCGACUUUUCCAAACUUAGCUGGGAUGAAAGCGUUUCCCCCACGACCAACACCAUGGCCGAUAUGGCACAAAACCAAAUAACUCCCGAUAACGAUAUCCAAGAUCUCAUCGCAGAAACAGGCGGCGAUUUACCAAACUCAAGUGAAACCGAUACCACUCCCGUACCACCGUCGAAAGAAUCGGAAACCAAAACCGAAACUGAGCCGACGGUAGUAACCAAUGCCUUCACUACCACCAGCCACGAUACACCCACACCAAAACCAAGAGUACUCAAAGCAAACUCCCCCGUCUCCGAAGGCACUGAUAGCACCACCAUUCCUGGCCCAGUGCCGAAGCCCGAAAUACCAAUUGAUAUUAGUUUUGAUGCCGCCGCACCGGUUCCAAAACCCCGUGCUCCCAUUAAGCACACGGAACCCUUUGAAAACCUGGCUGCCCUAGCUGAACAGUCUGAUAGCAUUAGUCUGAGGAGCUUUGAGCUUACAGAGGACAUUUCCAAGACGGACGAGCCCUCCACAGAGCUCUCCAUUCGAUCCCAGCUGCGGGACAUAGUCACAACCACCACCACUGCUUCGGAGGAUCACACCGAAAGCUUCGAGCCAACGAGUGAGAUUUCCGUCGAUGAUGCCGAUACUGAAAAAUCAGAGGGUGCCGAAAAGACCACUAGCUUUUAUAUUGGGGAAUCCAGUCGUAAUGUUAUCAUCAAGACAUCGACACGAUCUGCAAGUGUUACCCCGCAAGAAGAGGAAGCUCAGGGCGAAAUUGGCAUUGAUGCUAAAGAUAUUUCCCUAAUGAAAGAGGUAUCCGUUGACUCUGACGAGGCCAACGAUGUUUUCAAGGAGUUCAUCACGAUGAAGCCCGAAGAUCCCACUGCAAUGGACAGCAAGAUAACCAGACAAGGCUCGGAAACCCGAAAUGACAUACUUGAAUUUGAAAAUGCUGAUAAGGACAAGACUGCAGAGCAAAAGAUGUCCAAAGUAACAACCGAGGAGAGCUUGACCACAUCCACCGGCUCCAGCGGUCGAGCCAUCAUUGAAAUUGCACCUUCGAGCAGCGAAGAUCCCGAUGAGUCCAGUAAGGAAAUUCCGGAAAUUGUCAAUACAAUCUCUGAGAAGGCAGCCUCAACUGAUAGAUUCGAAUUGCCCUUGGAAAAAAGUGAGUGGGAAACAUCAGAAAAAGAAAUCCCAACGGCGGGCAAACAAAAAGUUGUUCACUCGCCUCAACAACCCCAAGAAACCAGCAUGCAGAGUACGCUUGAUAAGUUUCUCGGAGAUGAAAUCCUGGAGGAAGAACACAGCACUGAGGAUAAGGAGAUGAAAGACUUAAUCCAGGACACCACUUCCCAACUUGAAACGAGUAACAUGCCGCAGGGAUUUUCAUUUGCAGGUGAGAGCGAGGACAUCUCCUCAUUCAUUGGCAUACCCGAAACAAGCAUGCAGACUUCCACCUUGGAUAGUACUCAGCCUCCAGAAGGUCUGUUCGACACCACAAUCAAGGAGACCCUUAAUAAACAAGCGGCAAUGGCCCAUUAUGCCCAUGAUGUCUUUGGCAGUGCGGAAAGACGUGAUGACCACGGUUCGCUAGGUUUCAUUUCCACCGGCACAGCCGAGGAGUUGAGCUCCAUGGAAGAACAAAUGGCAAAGGAGGAACAAGCCUCAUUGGGCUUUAUUUCAACUGAAACUGCCGAGGAUUUCAGCUCCAUGGAAGAUUAUUAUUCAGAGAAAUUGGCCGUCGCAAGUGUUGUUGGUGAUGAGGUGGCAACCGAAAAAUCAAUUACAACUAGCACUUUUGAAGAGCUCUCGUCUGAUCAAUCCAUGAAGCCAAUUGAUGCUGUGGUUCAUCGACUUAAAACCGAGACAUCGCCAGACUCCAUGAACCGCUGGUCUAUUCCCGAUGUAGAUACCUCCAGCUCAAGCGAGAGCUUCCACAGAAGCUUCGACAAGACGCAAAGUCGGCCGUUGUCCUCAGACUUGGAUAACCUUCUGACCACCACAGGCACUGGCACCUCAAGUGAGUACCAAACCGCGCGGGAAUUCACCACCACUGGUCGCACAGAGGGCACCGAAUAUAUUAGUGCAGUCAGCACCCUCGGAAGCAGUAGCUUAGAUUCCCAGUCGGAGACUUCGGCCAAUUUGGCCAGCAUUGAUGUGUCCGAGCUGUCGGAGACAUUGGUGGCCUCCUCUGCUGAUGUCGAUGCAUUCGAGGCCGAAGAGAUGUCGCGUCUGGGCGAUCUUCGAGCCGAUGACGAGGACAGUGAUGAGAGUGUAGAGCUGCCAGGAACUGCCUAUCCAACCAGCGAACAGCAGAGCCUCAUGAAGCGCUCCCAGGAAAUGAUUUUCAAGCCAAAGACCCAGGACGAAGAGCCAUUGCCCGUUCAGGAUGUGCAAACCGAGGAAUAUCCCAAAGCCAAGGAGGCAGAGCGCACCUGGGGCCUGGCCUAUCCCUUGGAGGAUAGCAAGGUGGGUAGUCCGCGGGAAAGUGAAAAAGGCGAGGACAUCCUGCUGUAUCACGCUGAUCCACGUCGGUCCAUUGACGAGGCCAAGCUGGCAUCCAGCCUAGACGAAGGCAGUAUUCUUUCCGUUAGCAUGUCGAGUACAUCCAACAUUGACACCGUUGUAGAGAACUUUGAUGAUAUCAUUGGAUCUGCCGGAUCUUCUUCGUUGACCGGCAUCGAAGGUUUCCAGUACGGCCAUGAUGAGUCUAUUCCAUCUGCCUCGGUGCCCGAAGACGCCACAUUUAUGCUGGAAAUGGAGAGCAAAGAACAUUCACCACAGGAUUCGAAUGCCAGUACUCCUCCAGGUGGUGAAUCAAAACGCCGGGGUCACAAGCGUAAUGAGAGCAUUUCGGGAGAUGCCUUGAAAAACUUGGACAAGGAGGUUGCCUUACUGGGCGAAGGCAAGGAAUCGGAGAGCGAGUCUGACACGGAUCCCUACGAAUCGGAAUAUGCCCGCCAGUUCCGUUCCCCCAAAGAACGAAAGAGCAAAAAGAAGAAGCAAGCGGCAGCCGAAAUGGAUCACAGUGGCGAACUGGAAAAGCGUCCAUUUACACCAUCCCAGUUGGUAGCCGAGGUCAUCGUGGAGGACAGUGUCACCGAGGAGCUGGAGGCAGAGGCCGCAAUGAUCGAGGAGCGCCGUCCCUCUCAGAAUAUGCAGGACUAUUCAAAUAUACCCGACAUUAUGGUCACGGAAGACAUCAAAUCGCCCAUCCUGGAGGAAGAGACAGAUGAGUUCCCCGAGAAGAUGCUCUACAAAGUGCGCACCGAGGAGGAAUUGCACAAGGCGAGUGACACCUCGGUAUAUCAGAAGGCCAAGGCCGAGGAGAAGGAGCAGGACUUUCAACGACGAGUACAGGAACAAUACCGUCAGAAGCUCGAGGAACUGAAGCGCGCUGAAGUGGGAGCUGAAUACGAUGAUCGCAAGGCUCCCGAUUCCCCAGACUCCUUUGAAAUGGUCGAACAACCGGAUAUCUCGGAUGAAUUCGUCAUUAUUGAGGAGGUGGCCAAGGAGGCCAACGAAGUAGAUCUCGGCGGUCAGAGCAUUAAGAUUAAACCGAUUAAGUACGUGCAAAAGCACGACGAGGAUGUUGAAAAGAUCAUCAUUAAGUCAGCACCUGCGGAUCCCAAGCUCGGAUCCCAGCUCUACAAGGACGACCUGAACUUUGAGUUCGAGGAGAGUCCUCCCACAGGAGCCAGCAGUAGUAGCGGGCAGCAGGAGGAGAGCGAUUCCAGUGAAACUGCAGCGGCCAACAAGCGCUGGGUUGAGAUGCAGUUGACCGACAACCAGCUGCGUUACCCAUAUGACUUAGCCGGAGCCGUGCUGGAGGACAUUAAAGAGGAGGACGGAGAGUUUGAGGUGGGCAGUAGCCGCAUCAGCAGUUUUAAAGACUCCUUUUCGAGCACACCCGAAUACGAUGUGGCGGCACGACGCUAUCAUUCCCGUGGUGAGCACGACGAUGUCUCAAUGAGUAGUCUACAGGAGUUUGAGUCCCUGGAGCAAGCCAUUUCCCUAGAAAACCGAAAUCGCACACACCAAGGUUCUACGGAUUCGAGCAAUGGAAGCUUCACCCGCCGAUAUGUGGUUCGUCACAGUGGCAGUGGAACUGCCCCUGGUGACGAUGUAUCGGUCUCCAGUCUGAAGGACUUCGAGGGUCUCGAGAAUGCCUGCAUUGAAGCCCACCUGAUUGAGAUCAAGGCCAGGGAGGAAGCUGCAUUACUUUCGCGCUCGGAUGAGUCUAAUAAAUCGAAUGGCAGCGAAAAAGGAGCCACGGGUAAUGUUGUGGUGACCAAGGUAACGCGCACCGUAACCCGCACCGAAGUGGUGCCCUCCAGUCAAGUGGAGAGUAUCGAAGCCCUGCUAAAGCAGAAGCUGGAGCGGGAGGAAGGAUCCGUUCAAGGCAAAGUCACCGACAUGAGCACCACUGAGUUGGAUACCAAGUCUAAGAUCGACAGUCAGGACUCCGAAAAGGAUAGCAUCGAUAGCAUGGAGAUCAGCAAAAGCCACGACAUGAUGACCAGCAGCAUUGAGAGCUUUGACAUCUCCAAGGACGCCACGACGAGAUCGGACAUUGAUUCUUUGGAGAUCGAUAAGCGACACUCGCGCCAGGAGAGCAUAGAAUCCUUUGGCGAUGAGCAGCUGGAUCUCAUGAGCAAGUUCGUUAGCGGCGGUGGAGUGACACUGGGUGAUGGACUGACCACCACCACGACCACGACUACCACCAGCACGGAUGCCGAUGGGCAUGAACAUACGGUGACCAGGGUGAUAACCACUACAACAAAUGUGGCUGGUGGCAUCCAGGAACUUCCAAUGGACGAGGCCGGUAUGUCGAAGGACGUAUCGGUGGAUUCCUUAAACAUGUGCGUGGAGCAAACAACCAGUUCGGCUGGCACAACGGCCACGUACCAGACUAGCGCUGGUAACUCCCAGAUGUCCGGGAGCGUGACCAGCUGUGCAUCCAGCACUCUCAUGGAGGAUUCGUUCCCUGGUGUGGGUGGCAUGUCGUCGUCGCAAAUGUCGGCCAGUUUUUGGUCACACGAUGAGUCCACGGUGGUCGAGGAUGAAGGACGCGAUCUCGCCAAGAAGCCACACCAAGGCCACUAAACGCUGGAUGGGAUUGGGAGAUAGAGAGAGAUACAAAGAGAAAGAGCGAGAGAGUCAGAAGAAAAGAGAUAUAUAAGAGAUGUCACACGUAAUCCUAUAUGAAAAUGGGGCUUGAACGGUGACUUAGAAUAUUUGGCUAGGUAAGCAUCACACGGCAAAGGCUGCGCGGCUUUUCGUUUUACUUUUGUUUUGUGUCUUUACUUGGUCUUCGACUUAGAAGCAGAGCUCAACUUUGACAGAGAAAAACAAGGCGCCCUUCUAGACGAAGCACUAAUGAAGGAGUUUCUGGAUGAGGAACGCAUCUUUACCGGCUCUGAACAUCACCGAUUUCAAAUCGAACAGCGAGAGGGAUUUAUUAAUUAGCAAAUUUGACAUUUUCCAUCUACACAGACACACACACACACACAUUUUUAAUGAUAUUGAAGUGCAUACACGAGUUUUUAAAGGCAAAUAUAUAUAUUUUAUAUAUUUAUAAAAACUAUAAAAUCGCAAACAUGAAUAUGAAUACGAAUAUGAAUAUGGCAAAAAUUAGCCGUUCAACGCAUUUUCUUAUUGGCUUUAAUGUUUAAAAAUAUAAAUAAAGUUACGGCAGAAACCGAAAAUCUUUGUGCUAGGCGUUGUAAUGGAAUACACCUUUGCUUUUAAUUUGAUGUAGUUAUUAUAUAUGUACAUGUACGAAGGAAACUUAUUAUUAAAUGAAUCGCUUAUUAUUGUAGUUUAAUUUAAGCAAUUAUACAAACGCAUGUGAAAAAGGGGACGCAAUGAAAUAGUUAAAGCGUGGCAAGUGAAAUGCUUUUAAAGUCUCAUUUUUUACCAGAACCAAGCAAAUUUUUUCGCUUGCAUAUUUUAACAGUGAAAUAUACAUAAAUAUACAAUCUGAAAAAGAAUGCAUAGAUCAAAUUUAAACCAUAUACAAACAAAAUAUGAACUUAAUUCACAUAGAAAUACCAAAAAAAAAAAAAACAACAGCCAUUAAGUGUAUCGCUAAUUUUCGUAAUGCACAUCUUGCGUGAACGAGUAUUUGUCAAAGAACCUAAUUAUUGAAAGGAUUUAAACGUUUUAGCAUCACCACUGUAAUGGAAUAUGAAUAAAAAAAAAUAAUAUUUGUGUUAAAAACAUACAAGAAAUAUUGAAUGAAAAAGAAAAACAUUAUUGUAUUGUAAACCCACACGCGUAUGAAUAACCAAAUAAAAUGCUUAAUACAAA